UUUCUUGAGAGAGAAAAAGAUUGAAUAUUUAUGAUACCAGAUAGAUAGAUCGCUUUCAUUUUUUAUAACUCCUCAUUCCGAUUGAUCAGAUCGAUCCAAUCCAGAGAUGGUGGAGAAUCCAAGAUCCGCGGCGGGAAACAAGAAUCUCCGGUGGUCGGAAGAUUCGGUAGCAAUUGAUUAUCCGAUCAAGUGUAACGACAAGUGUUGCAGGUCGUGUGCGGCGGGAAUGAUCGCCGAUUCGGUUGCAAUUUGUUGUUGCCCAUGUUCUGUAGUGAGUUUUCUUGCUCUUGCAUUAGUAAAGGCGCCGUUGAUGAUUUGCCGGCGAUGUUUAGGGUUAGGCAAGAAUGAGCGCCGUCGGGAAGAAAGGAAUAAGAAGAGGGUAUGCGAGAAAAACAGUAACAACAGGGAUAUGGGUGGAAUUUGUAGGGUUGAAGAAGGAACAUCUGAAAUUGUAUUCGCCAUUGGAGAUGAAAAGGAAGAAAAUGAUGAAGAAGAUGAUCAAGAACAGAAGGAGAAGGAGAAUUUGAGUGGGAGAUUUGAGGCGGAGAGGAUUUGGUUGGAAUUGCAUCAGCUUGGCCACCUGGGUUUUGUGAAAGGGCAAGUUUCAGUUCUUGUACCCUUUGAUGUUCCUGUUGAUGUAUUAUGAAGAUGUGGAUGGGAAGAUAUUUGAUGAUACAAGUGGGGACUUUGAACACUAUGUUUGUUUCAAGAUUAGGUUCAUGAUUUGAUGAGAUGAGGUGACAAUUAAAGAGCUUAUGUUAUUGUAUUUU